AUGGAAGCUGACCAAUCUAGACUCUUGUUUCUAUUAUUUCUUUUCACAUGGCGACUAUCUCCAGAAGUUGCUGCAGAAGUUCAGGAAUCGUCAGAUGGUUCUGUUGCUUCCCAGAAACCCAUGUGGCUCACAGAUGUCUCAACUACCAUGGAAUUCAUUGCUGUUGCUGAGGUGGCUGUUAUAGGUUUCUUUCAGGAUUUAGAAAUACCAGCAGUGUCCCUAUUCCAUAGCAUGGUGCAAAAAUUCCAAGAUGUGUCAUUUGGAAUCAGCACGGAUUCUGAGGUUCUAGCCCACUACAACAUCACUGGGAACACCAUUUCUCUCUUUCGCCUGGUGGACAACAAAAAACUGGAUUUAGAGAGCAAAUACAUUGAAAGCAUUGAUGCCACCAAAUUAAGCCGUUUCAUUGAGAUCAACAGUCUCCACCUGGUGACAGAGUACAACCCUGCGACUGUGAUUGGCCUAUUUAAUAGCAUGAUCCAGAUUCAUCUUCUACUGAUGAUGAACAAGGCCUCUCCAGAGUAUGAAGAAAGCAUGUCCAGAUACCAGAAGGCAGCCAAGCUCUUCCAGGGGAAAAUUCUUUUUGUUCUGGUGGACAGUGGCGUGGAGGCAAAUGGGAAGGUGAUCUCAUUUUUCAAACUAAAAAAGUCUCAACUGCCUGCUUUGGCAAUUUACCGUACUGUGGAUGAAGAGUGGGAUACACUGCCCAUGGCAGAAGUUUCUGUGGAGCAUGUGCAAAACUUUUGUGAUGGAUUCCUAAAAGGGAAACGGCUGAAAGAAAACCAUGAAUCGGAAGAAAAAACUCCAAAGGUUGAACUCUGA